AUGAAACCAUCUAAACUGCAAGAUCAUCUGAGAAGAUGCCACCCUGAUAAAACAGAGAAAGAUUUGAAAUACUUUCAAACACUCAAAGAUAAAUUUCAGAAGAGACCUACACUGGACAGAAUGUUCGCUUCGACGUCACAAAGAAAUGAUGAUGGUUUGCGGGCGUCUUACAAUAUCUCGUUACUUAUAGCAAAAUCCGGAAAACCGCAUACUAUCGGAGAGAAGUUAAUUUUGCCAGCCGUUGAAGAGGUUUUAAAAACUGUUUUACACAAACCUGCAUCUGAUAUCAUUAAAAGAAUUCCCUUAAGCAACAACACUGUUGAAAGACGUAUUGAUGAAAUGAGUUCUGAUAUUGAAAGCUUCUUAUGUAAUUAUUUGCAAACGACCCAUUUCUCUAUACAACUGGACGAGUCAACUUUACCUGAUAAUGCAGCAUUAUUAUUGGCAUAUUCGUUUUAUUAUGAAUCAAGAAAUCUACGAAGAACUGCUCUUCGCAAGAACUUUGAUAACGACACUAAAGCCUUCUAUAUCGGAAUCUGUUACUGUUCGACUAAGUUUUCUGGAUUACGCGAUCGAGUAAAAUAUGGCAUCGGAUUUAAGGAAAUGAAAAGGUUGUACGAUAGUAAAGGUAAGUUCAUAUUUAUUUUUGAAUCCCCUUCAUACUCGCAAGUCUAA